AUGAAGUCGUUCGAAUCCACCGCGGAAACUAUGGGAUACCAAACUCAUUUCCUCAUUUUCGUUCGGCAUCUAAAACAUCUAGUAAUUUGCACUUCACAUAUAACUAUCAACUCAGCUGAAGAAGCGGAGGCUAUUCAAGCCUUUAAUGCUGCAAUGGUGCAUCAAAGAAACCGAAGAUACAUCAAAAGCCAAAAGCUACUGGAGCAUGCUUUCCGUCUCGAUCCUGACAACACGGAUGUUUUGGUUGCAUUAGGUGAAGCCCUGGAGGGAUCUUGGCGCCUUAAACGUGAGGUUCUUGUUGAGCGUACGGAUAAAGCAAACUCUCGCUCACUCAUACGGUUAUCUGAGUCACCUAUCGGCUCCGACGAUGGCCUCCUUUUGGUCGCUGAUCAAAUGUAUACCAGGGCGCUAAUUGUCAACCCACAGCUAGAGAAUGCAGAAAAUCGCAAAAGUCGUUUAAUGCCCUUGGUCGAGGAGAUUGAUCAAAGAAGGUCAGUAUCUUUCCUGGCGUUUCACGUUGAUACUAAUUUACAAAUGGCCGAUCGACCAUAUAUUGGUGUCGCGUUAAAUUUGAAGGCAUACUUUCACAUUGAAUAUUAG